AUGUGGACUCUGCCCCAAAGCAAAACUUGUGAGGUGUACUGUGUCUCCGCACACGGACACUCUGGCUGUCCAGCUACACAGAGAGAUGAAGAGGUAAAGCAGUCCACCGGCUCACUUGACCCCUCCUUGCCAAAGUCUGUGGGUCCGGUGGGACAGAAGUCGGAGAUCCAGACAGCGUCACCGUGCUGUUCCCGAAGGAGGCUUGUGUUAGGCCUCCUACCGUUUUUACCUUUCACUGCUGCCGUCACACUGACUAUCACCUAUUUAACAUCUCCGUCUUGCUCGGUGUUCUUCCUGGGCAGCAGCGUAGAGUUCCCAAACCUGACCUUCUCGCUAGAGCUGACCGACCCCACCUCCCCUCAGUUCCGCCUGCAGGCUCAGGCUUUGGACCAUUAUUUCUCAAAACUCUACGACUCUACCCCGUGGAGGUCUUACUACCUGCGCUCAGGAAUUACUGCCUUCAGUGAAGGAGAGGAGGGGCUCGGUGUUUUCUACUGGAGUAAAUUUUCAGCCCCCCACAAUGUGGCCCUGGAAAUCCAGAACUCCAGCCCAGAGAGGCUGCAGCGGAGGCUCCCCGGCACCAACAAGGUGGUGCGGUACAGCCGCAACGAGCAGCACUACUACUUGGAGCAGGAGGACGACACGCUCCCUCUGCUGGACUUGGACUCUGACGAUUCUGAUUCAGAAGACAGAAUAGACAAAAUGAAAAACCCAAAUAGCAUCCAGGGAGGAAAAUGGCAGCUUGGGUUUCAAGCAAUAUCUUUUGAUCUCUACGCUAAAUAUGGGAACAACCGAACUCUGAGUCUUGUGAGUCCCAAGAAGCCAUACUACCAGUGGCGUCUGCGCGUGCCCUCGGGUCACGUUGUGCGUCUGGUUGUCCUGACGCUUCAGGGUGCCACGCCUGGAAGCUGCACAGCCCACAAACUCUCUGCCUAUGACUUCCUGCUUCCUUUGCAGAACAAGAUCAUCGCCAGAUGGUGCGGGCUGCCGGUUUCAGGCUCAUCUCCAGUCAUGAAGCUGACCUCCUCGGGGAAUGUGAUGUUAGUUACCUUCUCCUUCAGUAGGCAGAAAGAUGGAGCAAUCUUCAAAGCUUACUUUCAAGCCAUCCCAAAAGCAGGCUGUGGAGGCUCAAUUUCUUCAUGGAACGGCUCCAUUUCCUCACCUUACUACCCCUCCUUUUAUCCUCCUAACGUAGACUGCACAUGGACUCUACGGGUGCCUGUGCCAGGAUAUCUGAUUUCGAUGACAAUCGUGACUUUAGACAUUCAAGAUUCCUCGUCGUCUGAUAGCUGUGAGAAGGACUGGCUGGAUGUUGCAGGGGUUAAACUGUGUAAUCCCCUGUCAGAGAGCGGCAGAAAGAGAGUGUACUCCUCUCCUCUCUCCAUUCACUUCCACUCUGAUGAGUCUCUCACCAACAAGGGCUUCUUCUUGCUGUACCGAGCUUUCUCUCCAGAGGGCACUUGCCCUCGCCAGUUUCGCUGUGGAGAUGGACGCUGUAUCCCUCUGAGGAAGGUCUGCGACAGAGUGAAGGAUUGCUCAGAUGGACGGGAUGAAGCCAAAUGCUCAUCCUGCAGGCCCGGGGAAGUGCUGUGUGGGAACGGUCAGUGCAAACCUCAGAGCAGCCAGUGUGUUGGUCAGAGCAGCUGUGCAGAUAGCAGUGAGGAAGGCAGCUGUGGAGUUAAAUGCUACCACGUUUGUCCCAACAAGGUGUGUUUACCGAAGUCAUCUGUGUGUGAUGGUGUGAUCGACUGCAAAGACCGCAGUGAUGAACUGAACUGCACCAGAGCAUAUCUGAAGAGUUGCUCCGUGGCGUCCUAUAAAUGUGCCAACGGAAAAUGUGUCAGCAAAAUCAACCCUGAGUGUGACGGGGCUAAAGAUUGCUUCGACGGCUCUGACGAACUGCGCUGUGGGUGUGGCACCAGGCCUAAAAAGCGGACUAAGAUAGUGGGGGGGUCUGAUGCUGUGAUGGGGUCGUGGCCUUGGCAGGUCAGCCUACAGAUGGAGCGCUACGGCCACGUCUGUGGAGCCACGCUGGUUUCCAAUCGCUGGCUCAUCUCUGCAGCGCACUGUUUCCAAGACUCUGAUGCCAUUAAAUACUCUGAUGCUCGAGCUUGGCGGGCUUACCUCGGCAUGCGAGUGAUGACCCGGGGAAACCACGGCGGAGCGACCAGACUGAUCCGUCGGAUCCUCCUCCACCCCCAAUACGACCAGUUCACCUCUGACUACGACAUCGCCCUUCUUGAGCUCAGCGCUCCAGUUUUCUUUAAUGACUUAGUGCAGCCUGUGUGUGUCCCUGCCUCCUCGCACACCUUCACCACCGGGACGAACUGCUUUGUCACGGGAUGGGGCGUUCUCAUGGAGGACGGUGAACUGGCGUCUCGUUUACAAGAAGCUUCAGUGAAAAUUAUUAAUAGAAAAGUCUGUAACAAGCUAUACGAUGAUGCGGUUACUCCCAGGAUGCUGUGUGCAGGAAACCUGCAGGGAGGUGUGGACGCCUGCCAGGGGGAUUCAGGAGGUCCGCUGGUGUGUCUGGAGCGAGGAAGACGGUGGUUCUUGGCAGGGAUUGUCAGCUGGGGCGAAGGUUGUGCGAGGCAGAACCGCCCCGGCGUCUAUACCCAGGUGGUCAAAUUCACCGACUGGAUCCGCCAGCAGACCAAAGGUCAGGUCUGACAAAACAUGAGACUCUGACGAGGAAAUAACUUCAACAUACUGACGACACAUUUUUGUUCAGUCACUUUUUGGGAAUUUGUUCAGUGCUGCAAACCAAUCAGAAUCCUCACAAUCUGCAAGAAACAAAAUGCACAAACAUUUAUUGUAUACUUGAUUAGAUUGGCAAAUGAACUUAAAACCAGGUACCAUAAGCACAACAUCAAAAUGUUACAGCUAGUUUUUUUUUGUUUGUUUGAAUGGGGUUUUGUGGAGAGGCUAAAGUAGUCAGUAUCUUUCUUGCAGAUAAUUUUCUGAACAACCUGAGUUUGCAGAAACUUUACUGCAAAGUUGCAAAGGAGUUCCAAUUGUAUGUCUUUGUUUAGUUUGUAUGAAAAAAGAGUGCUAUAUCUGAAUAUGGAAGAAAUUUCUCACUACUCAACUUGUUUGUAAGAGUCCAUGUUGUCUCGUUUCUUAUUGAAACCUUACGCCUCGCUGGCGUUCUGAUCAGGAUAGAUAUUUUCCAGUGAAUACAAUCUACAUUGUUUCUGUCAAAAUCUCAUUGAAGCCUAUUUUCAUGAUCGUUGUCAAUUCUCAUCUUGUCAAUAUUCAAAAUAUGUUUUUUUUCCCCCCAAAUUAAAGGUCAUUUCUUGUAUUUAAUGUUAAAAAGUCGUCACCAUAUGUUCAUCUAUAGAUUCGUUUGGGUACUGUAAUGUCACUACAAUAACUAAUGUACUGUUUUCUUAUGUAUUUUUUGUUUGUGAUUUUACAGAAACUUGAAAAACUCUAACAGCUACAUUAACUUAAAAUCAAUUUCCUCCGUGUUAGCUUUGAUUGGAAAGAAAUUCAAAAUACAGUACUUCGUGGAAACAUUAUUUUAUUAUUUAUUUACAUGUCUUGAAAAUGAAUAUGUCGAUAAUUAUGAAACUUUGCUGCUGCAUUUGACCGUUUUUAUUCCAGCAGAAGACUGUGAUGACCUCCCCACAGAACCCCACAUGAAAUGUCUAAAUAGUCCCUAAAACUUUGAAUUUGUCGUGCGUUGUUACCGAUUACGCUGCUGGUCAAUUUUUAGCGAUGAUAAAGAAAAUAAUUUAAAGUUAUAUGCUAAAACAUAUGUAGCUCUCAAUCAUUUAACAGGGAGGUUGUGACAAAACCUCAAAUAUAUUGGAAUACAUGACUGUAAUAAAUAGUAACUUUAAAUGACUUUCCUACACAAUAGCCAAGAUGCUUCGUUUGCAUGUUUUUGUUGCUUAGUUUAUGUAACAUGAAGCUACUUUUGCCAUAUUUGUAAUCAAAUGCAUCUCCUACAAGCAAACACCUUGAGAUGGAAACAAAAAUUCCAGCAGAUGCUCGGCUCUUAUAUGGAAGAGAUUUAUCAUCACUAGGCUUGUUUGUAAUGCACAACUGUCUGUUUCUUUUUAAAACUUUUACACCUCACUGUCCCUCUGACACAGGUGAUGGUAUUUUGCACUUGUCACCUGAAAUAGUGUCUGCCCAGAGAGAGACCUCAGGGUAGACGUUUUCCAGUAUAAACACUACUCUCCAUUCCUUUUGAUUCUAUCAAAAUUAGAUUUUUUAUUACAAAUUGUUUAUUCACUCAUAUGUGGAAAAAGUCGUCUCCAUAUGUGUUUAAUCUACAUUUGUCUGCGUACUGUAAUAUUCCUGUGUACUGAUAACUUCCUGUACUGUAUAUUUGUUUGUGCAUUGUGUAUAUGUGUACCUGAGCCAUAGCUACAUGUUGACCAUACUCUGAAAAUGCAGGAGGAACUCGAUAAGAAGAGCAUGUCUGCCAUCCUGAACCUUAUUUUAUCUUUCAAAACAAUAAUUAG